AUGCAAAAAUACGAUGCUUCAGUAAGGCCUGUUGAGAAUUCUUCACAGCCUUUGUUAGUAACGUUUGGUGUUUCCUUGCAUCACAUCAUUGACGUGGAAGAAAAAGACCAACUUCUUACGACCAACUGUUGGAUCACUCAGAUUUGGACGGAUUACCAUCUAAGGUGGAACACCAGCGAGUUUGAUGGCAUAAGUGUUAUAAGAAUACCUUACGAAAGGGUUUGGAGGCCGGAUAUAAUUUUAUAUAAUAAUGCUGAUCCUAACUACAAAUCAGCAGUUAUAAAUACAAAUGUAAUAGUGAAGAAUACAGGUGAAGUGACGUGGUUAAGCCACGGCAUAUAUGUGUCAGCCUGCGAUAUCAAUGUCGAGCAGUUCCCUUUUGAUAUCCAGUUUUGCACGAUGAAAUGGGCUUCUUGGACAUAUGAUGGAUUUCAGCUGGAUUUAAUAAAACAGUUCGAUGAAGGUGACACAACAAACUAUCAAACAAACGGUGAGUUCGACUUAGUGAGCUUUGAAGCCGUUCGACACAUUCAGUACUACUCUUGCUGUGUGGAGCCUUACCCUGACAUCACUUACGUCAUCAAAUUGCGGAGGAGACCGAUGUUCUAUGUUUUCAAUCUUAUAUUACCAUGUCUACUCAUAAAUGGAAUAGCUCUCCUAGUAUUCUACGUGCCGUCGGAGUCAGGAGAAAAAGUGACACUAGGAAUAAGCGCUUUACUAUCAAUGACCGUAUUCUUGAUGACCAUCAGGGAUACACUGCCGCCAACUGAAAAAACACCAUUGAUAAGCCUAUAUUAUGGCGUCAGUACGUGUUUAGUAUCGUUCUCAGCAUCGCUCUCGGUGGUAACUCUAAAUAUAUCUUACAGAGGAGUGAGAGGGCAACCUGUGCCGGCGGUGCUACGCGAGUUAGUGCUACAGCGGCUCGCUCGCAUGCUUUUCAUCAACUUUGAUACUGACACAAAGGGUGACAUCACUGCGGUGUCAACUGCCGGCAUGCAAGUGAACCCGCGCACCGGUUCACGACUCAAGACGGAGACGAGCUGCGAUGGUUCCACUCUGCCCCCCGCUUCACCGCGCUUUAAUCGUCCUAACCACAAUCAUCUUAGUCGUACGGGGCCAAGCGCUAACGCUGCUACAAUACCACCCGUGAACACCGAGGUGGUUUGUAUGGCAGCGUGUUCCCGCUGCGUGUGUUGCGGCUGCACGCUGCGAGAGGCAACAGCCAGGCACGAACAGCGCGUUGCUGCCAGCGAGCGACUUGAACGCGCCAACCUUGAGUGGAGACAGGUUGCCGUUGUCGCUGACCGAGCCUUACUCGCUGUUUUCGUGUUGGUCACGACUAUCGCUACAGCUGCCAUCUUGCUUCCUCAGAUACAGAACUUACACGUAGGAAAUACGCCACUUAAACCGCCAUCUUAG